AUGUCUAGAGAUUCGUAUGGUCCAUCUAACUUGAGUUCCGGAGGUGGUGGUGGUAAUCGUUCUCCUAGAAGUUCUAGGCGUCUCGGCGAGCUUCCCACCGUCGACAGAUCGCCAUCUAGAAAUUAUCCCAGCAGAGGAAGUCCAAUUGGAAGAAAAAGCAAACCAUCACGAUCGGGAAACAAUUCUCCCGAACAUGGUUACGGUCAUUAUAUAAAUUCAUCUUAUUACCGGGAAGAAGAUUUAGGAAGUCCGAUAAUGAUGGAAGAAAGAGGAAGAUCGAUUGGUGGGAGUCACCACCGUUCGAGGAGUGCGACUCGUGCUCCGGUGGGACAAUCCAUGUCGGUCAGAUAUCAAUCCUUGGAUCGUGGAGGAUUGGGAGAUGUGUCUCACGAUCGGGAGUUUAUCCCGAUAAAAGAACCCCGAGAUCGUUCGUUGGAACGUGGAGCACUCAGGGACAGGGGAACGUAUUUGGAAGAUGAUUUUUACAUAGGACGUUCUCGUCAAUCUCCCAAUCCUCACCACGUAUCAUCUCGUGACGGGGGUAGUUUUAUCGGUGAAUUACAAUAUCAAAAUAGUGAUUUGCAAAGAGAGUUAUCUAAUUUAAAAAAAGAACUCGAACUCACAAAUCAAAAAUUAGGCUCCAGCAUGCACAGUAUUAAAACUUUUUGGAGUCCUGAGCUUAAAAAAGAGCGAGCACUCAGAAAAGAAGAAAGCGCUAAAUAUAGUUUGAUAAAUGAUCAGCUAAAACUUCUUAAUUCUGAAAAUCAAAAACAAGCGAUGCUGGUUCGACAGUUGGAAGAAGAAUUAAGAUUAAGAAUGAGAAAUCCAAAUAUUGAAAUGCAAGCACAAAUGGACGCCCUUUUUUCAGAAAACGAACAUCUUACAAGAGAAGUUUCAAUAUUAAGAGAAACAAUAAGAGAACUUGAAUUAAGAUUGGAAACUCAAAAGCAAACCCUUCAAGCUCGAGAUGAAAGCAUAAAAAAACUUCUGGAAAUGCUUCAAACUAAAGGUAUAGGUAAGUCGUUAAUAAACGCAAACUGGAAGUUUAUCGAUAUUUUAUAUUAA